AUGUCCCCCCGGAAAGAUUUCCCAAACUGCCCGCAAUUUUGCGGGUUCAUGAAGCCAUGCCGAGUUGAAGGAGAAGUUCUGAAUCUGGAAGUGUAUGGCGAGAUCCCGGAAGACGUUGAUGGGAUAUUCUACCGGUGGUUCAACGCCGAUGGCAGUAUCAGCGCCUUCAAAAUCAAAGACGGCUCGGUCUCCUUUAAGCAGCGUUUUGUCCGAACAGAGAAAUUCGUCCGGGAACGAGAGGCCCAAAGAGCAUUGCUUGGUACCGACCCUCACCGUUCACAAGCUCACAUAGAACUAACUAACUCGUUUCUUUCUGUAGGUAAAUACCGUAACAAAUUCACCGAUGCCGUGGAAUUCAAGAUCCGCACCACAGCCAACACAAACGUCGUUCACUUUAACGGCAAGUUGUUGGCUCUGAAGGAAGACCCUCCACCAUAUGCGUUGGAUCCUCACACCCUCGAGACAAGCGACUUGUACGACUUCGAUGGACAGUUGCCCAGUUUAACAUUCACCGCUCGCCCGAAAUUUGACCCGCGCAUGGGGGAGAUGGUCUGCUUCGGAUACGAAGCCAAGGGCGAUGGAACACCUGAUAUCUGUUAUUGCCGUAUUGCAGCCGACGGAAAGUUCUUGGAAACCGUGUGGUUGACUGCGCCUGUUGUGGCUAUGAUUCACGAUUUUGCUGCCACGGAGAACUGGGUCCUUUUCCCCAUCAUCCCUCAGGUCUGCGACAUUGAGAGAAUGAAGCAGGGCGGCGAGCACUGGCAGUGGAGCCCCGAAACUCCAUUCUACAUUGGAGUCCUUCCACGACGAGGAGCAAAGCCAUCCGAUCUCAAGAACGUCUUCUUCUGGUGGCCGGAUGCGCAAGGAAAAUCUCCUGAGCCGAGUUCCAUCCACUCCCAGCUAACCCGGUUCACCAUCGACCCCAAAUCUGAGGAGCUCGACUUAGUGAACUCAACGGUUCUCCAAAGCGAAAACUCGGAGUUCAACCGCAUUGACGACCGCUUCGCCACCCAACCGUACAAGCACUGCUUCUUUGACCUAAUGAACCCUGCCCUCGGAACUGAUUUCCCGACCAUCAUGCUCAGCUGGGUGGUGGACACCCACUCGCACUUGAAUAUUGAAACUAGAGUGACAGAGAUCUAUCUCCCUGGAAAGACACAUAUGGUGCAAGAACCAAUUUUCAUUCCGCGACGCGGGUCUACCGUUGAGGGCGAUGGGUAUGUCAUGGCUCUGGUGAAUAACUAUAUUUCUAUGUGCAGCGAGUUGCACUUGCUGGAUACCAGGGAGUUCACCAAGGCAAAGGCUGUCAUUCUGCUGCCGCUUCGGUUGAGGCAGGGACUGCAUGGCAAUUGGGUUGAGGCCGAGGAUCUGUAG